CGCCAAAUUGCUUUAUUGUUUACGCGUUCGAUAGUUCAAGUUUGGGUCGACGAAACCCUAACCCUAGGCUUCUGAAAAAUCUACGGAAAUUCAUUGUAUAAAUCAUUGAUUCGCGCUUGUUUUGUAGAUCUUUAACACAUACCCGGUAUUUAGUCAUCAAUUACUUGAUUCCUUGUCCUUUUUUCGGGAAAUCUUCGAUUCGAUCUUGAAAAUAUGUCUCGCUGCUUUCCUUACCCACCACCAGGGUAUUCACUGAGCAGAGCCGGGAAUGAGGCCUUGAUCGAAUCGAUUAAGCUCCAAAAGGAGAGGGAGAAGUCAAACGAAGAAAGGAAGAAGGAAAAGAGAAGGGAGAAAAAAGAAAAAAGGAAAGAGAAGAAGGGGAAGACAAAUGAGAACUCUCGUGGUAAGUCUCAUAAUGUCGACAAUGCUUGUGUUGGGGAAAACAUUUGGAUGGAUUCAAGAGGUGGGCUUCUCCACAAGGGGAAAAAAGCUGAAAUUGAACAGUUGGAAAAGAGCAGUCUCACUGAAGAGCUUGAGCAACCUGUCUGUUCUCGCAUUCCCAGCUCUUCGUCUGAGAGCACGGAGAACAGCAACAAGAGGAAGAGGCGUACCUCGUCCAUAGGUGGCAGCAACAGUCUUGGUAACAUUAUCAAGAUCCGAUUGCCUUCAAGGAAGAAGAAUGAACCUGAUGCUUCGUUCAAUAAGCCACAGCUUUGCUCUACAUCUGGAAGGAUGGAUAUUCCUGUGCAACGGAAGGAUGAAAUUGCUGUCAGAGCUAGCCGAGGAACAGUUUGCUCCACUUCACAGGGAACGCAUAACCUUGUUCGAGGAGUUCCAGCUGGAACUGACAAAGAGCUGGUUUUUUCAGCUUCUAGGCAGACGGAGGCUGCUGCUCAUGUCAAACUGGGAUCUUCAUUUGGGGCUAGUGCAGCAUUGACUCCAAUGCAGAGACUGGAAUUACAGUAUAAGAACUUAGUCGAGAAUUGGGUUCCUCCCGAUCUCCAUACUUUGGCGAAUGAUCUUGAUGAUCAAGAAUGGCUCUUCCAGAGAAAGGAUAAAGAUGUGUGUGCAGUAAAAAGAAUCAGAUCCAGCGCAGAUGCUAUAUCCUGUUCUAACAGCUUGGCAUUGUGGCCUCAAUCAAGAUACUUGCCUGAUGCCGAUAUUUGUGCAUUGCCUUACGUGUUCCCAUUUUGAGUUUGCACAAAGCGUGGUUCAUUGCUGUCAGAGGAUGGUUUAGAUCUGCUUGAAAGGUAUGGUGGUUGGUAUGACCAUCUAUAUAGCAGCAUCUGCUACUGCACUGCGGAUGAGGCCUCUAUAAUGCUUCUUCAGAGGCCAUAGUAAGAUGAUGAUCCACCGGUAUCUAAUUGCAGAUGGUAUAUGUUAGCAUAUGAAGAUAUAAUGAAAUGGUUCAAGUAUGCAAGUGGAUAUUUUUCAUCUAGAACAGGGCAGCAGACUCCAUUCCUUUCGGUGGCUCUCGUAUCAAGGAUCUUGUUGUUUUUAUUGAUGCUAUUACACGUGAUAAUAUUCUUUUAAUGGCAUCGGGUGCAUUGAAAUUUCUUUUGAAUCUGUACGGACAUGUUAUGAAAUGACUUUGGGUGAGUUUAUGACUC